GAGAAGGAACGUGACAGUCUUUGACCACAAAUCAGAUCUGACUAGAGUGUAAAUGGAGCCCUGGAAAGCCAGCUGAGUUGGUCCUCCUCAGAGCAGCAGGUCUGCAGUCAGGGACUCUCCGCUUGGGUCAGGAUAUCACCCAAGGUAACUCCUGAAGGUUGAGAGCCCUUGCCUUAACAGGUGAAAAAAAAAAUCCCUACAUGGAGGAUUUCUUCUCUCUCUCUCAGCUGCAAACCUAUUUUGCCUCAAGUUUUUUAAAUGCUACACAUGUGAGGUGCUCCUAACUGUUGUAAGCAUGACAGAUCAGUUGGCCAGACUUCAUGGAGCGUUGGUCAGUCAUAAACUGCCCUUAAACGUUCGGUGUGAUUUCUCCUGUCUGCUGAGAUACCGGAAGAACCUACAAAUCAUGGCCAGGUUGUAGUAACAGAGCUUCAAAGUAUCUUAAAGCAUGGGACAAUUUAAAUCCUUCUCUUUGCGUUGCUUUUCCAUAGGACUAAUUGCUCUCAGAAGAGACCUUUGAUUCCUUGACUAAGAGAAUGGGUAAAAAAGUAAAGAAGGAAGUAGAGCCUCCACCCAAGGAUGUGUUUGAUCCUUUAUUGAUUGAAAGCAAAACAGCAGCAACAGUUGUGCUGAUGCUUAGUUCUCCUGAGAAUGAAGUUUUGGCCAAAGCAUGUGAUGCUCUGUAUAAAUUUGCAUCAAAAGGUGAUGAAAACAAAGUGACACUUCUUGGUCUUGGAGCAGUGGAACCUCUGUAUAAACUCAUCUCACAUGAAGAUCCAAUUGUACGCAGAAAUGCCAUCAUGGUAUUUGGCAUCAUGGCUUCUAAUCAUGAUGUCAAGAAGUUACUGAGGGAACUGGAUGUCACAAGUUCACUUAUAUCACAGCUGGCACCAGAAGAAGAUGUAGUUAUCCAUGAAUUUGCUACUCUCUGUCUAGCACAUAUGGCUGUUGAAUAUACUACUAAAGUGCAAAUAUUUGAGCAAGGUGGAUUAGAACCACUUAUCAGACUGCUAGGUAGCCCUGAUCCUGACGUUAAGAAGAAUUCAGUUGAAUGUAUCUAUCUCCUGGUGCAGGAUUUUCAAAGCCAUGCUGCAGUUCGUGCACUGAAUGUAAUUCCACCCUUGCUGGAACUACUGAAAUCUGAAUACCCAGUUAUUCAGUUGUUAGCCCUUAAAACCUUAGAAGUAAUUAGCAAAGACAGAGAAACCAGGAUAAUGCUCGGAGAAAAUAAAGGAUUAGAUUGUCUUCUGAGGAUACUGGAAACCAAUGAAUUCAGUGAUCUACAUGCGGAAGCUCUUGCUGUGUUGGGAAAUUACCUUGAAGAUGUGCAUGCUCUGCAACUGAUUCAGCAGACAGGAGGCCUUAAAAAGCUACUUUCAUUUAUAGGAGUCUCUACUGUCCCCGAUAUUCAGAAGAAUGCAGCAAAGGCAAUUACCAAAGCAGCUUAUGACUCUGAAAAUAGAAAAAUCUUAAAUGAGGAAGAGGUUGAGAAGUAUCUCAUAAACCUUUUGGAAACUGAUAAUGAUGAAGUGAAAGUUGCUGCUUCCCAAGCAAUUUCUGCCAUGUGUGAGAAUUUAGCUAGCAAACAUGCAUUUGGACUCCAGGGGAUUCCCCAGCUAGUACAGUUGCUAAGCAGUGACAAUGAAGAGGUAAAAGAAGCUGCAGUGACAGCAUUAGCUAAUUUGACAGCAGCCAGUCCUAGGAAUGCAAGGGCUGUUGCUGAGGCUGAAGGAAUUAAGCCAUUGGUAAAUACCUUGAAUGCUCAGAGAGAUGGAGCCAUUGCUAAUGCUGCUACAGUGCUAACAAAUCUGGCCAUGCAAGAGCCAUUCCGCAUAAAUAUCCAGAGCCAUGGUAUUAUGAGUGUGCUUGCAGAACCAUUGCGCUCAACCAGCAGCCAAGUGCAAAGCAAAGCAGCAUUCACUGUGGCUGCAUUUGGUUGUGAUGCUGAUGCAAGAAAUGAGUUAAGAAAUGCAGGUGGACUGAGACCACUCGUUGAAUUGCUGUGUUCCAAGAAUGAAGAAGUCAGAAGAAAUGCGUGUUGGGCUGUUAUGGUCUGUGCAAGUGAUGAACUAACCGCUGGUGAACUAUGCAGGCUAGAUGCUUUAGACAUCCUAGAAGAAAUUAAUCUAUCAACAGGGCGCAAAAAUAACUUUAGUGAAGCUGCUCUGGAAAAGCUACUUGACAACAAUCUUUCCCGAAAAUACAGCCAGAUGGGAUAUUUAUCAUCAAGUAAUAUCAUUACUGAUGGAUUCUAUGACUGUGGUCAGAUAAAACCUGGAGAAAAAUUUUUAUCUUUGGAGGAACUGAGUAUGCAAGAGCUUACUGACCGUCGGGCCGUAAUCUUCAUUAAUGCUAAACCACAAGAAGACCUUGAAGUAGAGAAGGCACAAGAUUCAUCUUAUGAGCAGGCUAUCUUGUCACCUUCUAUUUCAAGAAAAGGCAGUAGAGAAAAAGCAAGGAAAAGUAAGGGGAAAAAAGAAGAGGAAAAAUCAAAAGAAGUUAUUCAGAUUACACCUAAAGUCCAGGAUGAAAUAAAACUAGAAAAUUCACAAUGGCUACCACCACCUGACUUCAUUUUACUGGAUUACAUUAAUAAUGCUUCCAAGAUAAUUCUACCACUAACUACCACCCGGGAACAGGUUGUGGCUCUUGCACAAGGAAUUAUAGAGGCAAUUGAUCCUGGUAUACACUGGAACAGGCUUGUUGCAGACAAGAUGGGUGGCCCAAUUGAAAGAGACAAACUACAUGAUUUCAGCUGGGAACUUCACAUAAGUGAAAUAGAAUUUGAACUGAAAUGCAAUGUUGUGCCUAUUGGGAAAGUCAAAAAAGGGACCUUCUACCACAGAGCUUUACUUUUCAAGGUGAUAGCAGACAGAAUUGGCAUUGGAUGUAGUUUAGUUCGUGGCAAGUAUAACAGAGCUUGGAAUGAAGUUAAAUUGGUUGAUGACUCCCCUCAAGGAAUAGCUGGGCUUUUGCUUCCUCCUCACGAGUAUAUUGUAGAUCUAAUGUUUGCACCAGGCUUUUUAAUAAAACAGGGAAGUGCAGAGGCAGAUCAGUACAAAAAUAUUUAAUCAUCUUGACAAAUUUCACCAAAAUAACGAUUCUAAAGAUGUUUGCAGUGCUAUAUUUAUGAAACAUAAGGGGUUUGAGGUUGAGCUAUCAAAAAGAAACAUAUCUGGUAUCUUGUCCUAAACAUUUAAUCAAACAUAUUUUAGUAUCCAGCUUCAAUGAUUAGAAAUUUUGUUUGGGUUUUGGUACUAUUUUAAGACUAAACUGUAAAACUACAGAUUAAAAUUUGGUAAAUCAAGAACAUUUGGUAUGUGUUAACAUUUUAAUGCUUAUUACAUAGGUUUAAAUUAUUUCCAAAAUACAGUAUAUUCUUUUUUUUCCCUUAUGUUCUUUCAACUCCUAUGUACAUUUAUAAGAAUUACAUGUCCAUGAAGCAAGAAAAUGUGACAUCUGGUGAAAUAACAAGUCACCAAAAGCAACUGGGCAAUUUUUUAGAGUGAAAUAACCCAUGAACUGAGAAUUAGAAGAACUAAGAUAACAGUAUACUUUCAGCCUCUGUAGAAAACAUCCCAUUUAUAUUUCUUGGAACUUGGCAGAGUUAAUAAUUACAGAUAAUAACAUACUCUGGAUGAAAGUAAAUACUGUUUGUCCUGGCACAGGGAAGACAGAUGAUUGAUAAGUUAUUGCUUGCAAUCUCCAUUUAUAUUCUUUCUUUUUCACGUGAAGAUAAAGUGGACUCUGAGAAGGGCAGCAGUUUUAGACAGGGAAUUUUUUUUCUUGCAGCCUUGGGUAACGUGGUGUUGCCGAAGUGUGGUGGUGCAUCUAAGAGAGGUGAAAUACUGACUACAACACUCUAGUAAACAUUUUCUGGUGAAACUGUCAAGAAUGUGCUGGAGUAUUUCAGGGAGCACCAGUAUCAAAUGAGUUUACUGUGGAAAACUGAGGGAAAACUCCUGUGCAGAAGUUAGGCCAAUGCAGACAACAUUGUGCGAAACUGAAUUUCAGAAGACCAGAAAGCCAACAACAAGGCAUUUACUUUCUGGCCACCAAAAAUGUGAUUAAAAAAAUUGGCUUCCGUGUUCUUUCAGUUUUUUAAUGCUUGUAUAAGCACAGUCACUUGUAUAGUUCGCUUUAGUUUGAGGAGAUUUAUAUCUGUUGUGUUCAUUACUGCUUAUGAGCAUGAUCCCACCACUCCCCCUCCUUCCUCCUCUGACAUGCAGCAUGAUUUUCUGGUAGCCCUUUGGGGAACAUUUUAUCUUUCUGUUGUAAAUUUAAUUAUAUGGCCUCAUGUUCAUUUUUUUACCUAAUGUUCAGCAGUACUCUAGACAUCAGAAUGAGAAAGAGCUCUGGAAACACAAAAUACAUGAUAUGCUAGCAGAACUGAGCGGGAGGUGAGAAUGUGUUUCUUAGCACUGCUGUGUCGCUGGCUGGGGACUGAUGAAAAGUCAUAUGCUGUCACUGACAGGCAUGACUGGGUAUAGACACCUGCAACUUUGAAAGUGUGGUAAAGGGAAGCAAAACAAGAAUUAAUUUCAUACUAGCUAUCAUUUUGUGUACUUUUCCUACAUUGGAAUUUCUUUAUUUUGUAUUGGAACCGUAAUGUUAAAGUGUGACUUGUUCUGUUUGAGGUGGUCUUGGGGAAAAAAAAAAAAAUUUCUGUUGUUUCCAAUAAAAGCAAAUAUAUAGAAAAAGACAAACAUCUAUGUUUAUAAAAAUAAAAAUGGGGAAACUUCUAGUCUAGACAUAUAAGCUUGCUUUACAUAAAAGGAUUAGCUAAAGAAAUUUUUAAAAAAUACUACACAACCUUGUAUAAUGCAGAAAUUGAUGAUCCAGAAGUGUUGGACGAUGGAUGUUUUAUGUCUCCCAAUUUUUAACUUUGUAUUAGCCGAGUUCUGUCACUUCAAAAUUGUAAUGAACUUGGGUCUUAGAAAUAAGAUCUAGGUAGAAUAUAAACACUUAAAUCCCAAAUUGUGACUUUGAAAACUGCAAUUAAGUUGUCAAGUAAGUCAAGAGAUGCCACGCUUUUUUAUUUGAUGCUUCCCAGGGACCUGUAGCUGUGCCCAUGCCCUGGUGAAGAAUUCCCCCAGCCUUGGCAAGAGCAGCCCAGCUCACACUCACUCCAGAUCUGAAUUGGAAAAUAAAUUGUUCAGAGGUUUCUGCAGGGCUGAGCUCAGUGUAUAUUCCCAGGACAUGCCCAGCAUACACCAUUCGGCUUGGGCCAUGCCUGAGUGAAGUGAUCACCUACCUUCUUUUAAGGAGCAGGUGUGGAAGAGCCUCAUAUUUCCUUUUAUAAGUUCAUUUCCUUCUGCAUAGUUCAAUAGGGAGAUCAGUCAGCCAGGACAUAGAGGGAGUCAGGCUUGAUGCCUUCCUAAGCGUGAACAAAACAGUCUGAGCUACCUAAUGGCCAGGAUAUAUUCUAG